AUGACACCCCGGUUUCACCUCGCCCUCCUCAUCGUUCUGUGUUCGUCUCACCUCAUUUCCUCCAUCCGUCGAGCGUCCGACAAUGGCAACCCGCUCGCCGCAUACCUCGUCGCCGUCCGCCGUCCGGACGGUCUGGUUGGCGUCGACGAGCCGGACGCGCUCGAGCUGUGGCACACGCAGCUCCUCGAGCAGGUGUGCAACACUAGCGACCCCGCCACGGCUGAGCGGUUCCCGACGGCGGAGUCGCGCCUCAUCUACUCGUAUAGCCAUGUGGUGAGCGGGUUCUCGGCGUGGCUCACGCGGAAGGAGGUCGAGGACAUGGCGAGGCUCCCCUGGUUCGUCGAGGUCAUCCCGGACAAGAGCUACAAGCUCAUGUCCGUCGACACGCCGGCUUCUUCGCAGCUUUCGUGGCUUGACAAUGCUAGGGACGGCGUGUGGAACGAGGGCAACAUGGGCGAGGGUAUGAUCAUUGGCAUCCUUGACGCCGGCGUCGCCGCUGGCCACAUCACUGCCAGCUCCGAAGCCGAAGGGAUGCCGCCGCCUCCGGCCAAGUGGAAGGGCAGGUGUGACGAUAACCAAGCUUGCAACAACAAGCUGAUUGGGUUCAGAACAUUCGUGGAGACGAGUGAUGAGCAUGGGAAUUCCCUGCGGCGCGCAUCUGUUCUUGGAAUCGACUACGACGAGGCGUUCGCGGUGGCGCCCAUGGCGCACGUCGCGAUGUACCACGUGUGCAACGAGGAGUGCCACCCGAAGGAAGUAGGAGCAGGGAUGGACGCCGCGGUGGACGACGGCGUCGACGUCGUAUCCAUGUCCUUCAACAGCACCGAGGACAGCACGGCGUUCCACGACGAUGCCGUGACCGCACCGUCGUACGGUGCAGUCGCCCAGGGCGUGUUGGUCUGCACGCCGGCCGGGAGCAGCAGCCCGGACAUGUUCAAGGUCGAGAGCAACGCGCCUUGGCUGCUCACCGUGGCCGCCAGCGACGCCGACCGCCGUGUCGUCACGAACGUCGAGCUCGGCAGCGGGAUCUUGAAGCCCGACGUCAGCGCGCCGUGCGCGAACACGCUGGACGUGGCGCCACACGGCGACGUGGACCACACCGACACGCUGAUCAAGGUGGCCACGUCGUUGGCGGCGGCGCACGUCAGCGGCGUCGCGGCGUUGAUCAAGAAGGCGCACCCGGAGUGGUCGCCCGCCGCGAUCAAAUCGGCGAUCGUCACGACAGCCGACCCGGUCGGCCCUGAGGACGCCAUGGCCGGCGACGGCGGGAGCUACUUCGUGACGGGCGCCGGCGAGGUGAACCCCACGAAGGCCAUGGACCCGGGCCUCGUAUAUGACCUCACCGCCGGUGACUUCAUCCCGUAUCUAUGCGGCAUGGGCCUCGGCGAGGACCGGAUACGCAAGAUCGUCGAGCCGGCGCACCACGCCUCGUCGUGCGCGGAGACCGGGGAGAUCGCGGCGAAGGACCUGAACUACCCUUCCAUCAUGAUCGUCACGGGCGACGACGUGCGGCAGGUGGAGUCGGAGGCGAAGCGGACGGUGACGAACGUGGGGGAGCGCGAGGAGACGUACAGCGCGGAGGUGUUCGCUCCGGGCGUCGUCGUAGCGGUGAACCCGUCGACUCUGGCGUUCGGCGACAUUGGCCAGAAGAGGGACUUCGUUGUCACGGUCAAGAGGGCGGCGAACACGCCGGCGAAAGCGGUGGUCGAGGGGGAGCUGAAGUGGGUGUCCGAGAAGCAUGUCGUGCGGAGCCCCAUGGUCAUCGUCGUUGGAGAAACUUCUGCGUCUACUGCCGGUCACUCUUAUGGUGCCGAUGUACCAGCAGGUACCGAGAGUUCGAUGAGGAUUGUUGUUUGGGGAAGCGAGAAAUAG